AUGGACGGAACCGUUGCUUUGUUGAAGACUUCUCCAGUGCGUAUAGGUGAUGAGGUUGAUGAGUCUACAGAGUACUUUCAUCGUCUUUUCUGGACAUUCCCUCCAUGCGUUGAGGCUUUUAAACAUUGCAAGCCACUAAUUAGCAUUGACGGUAUGCAUCUGUAUGGGAAGUAUGGCGGGACUUUGUUUCUGGCUAUUGCGCAAGAUGAAAACUCGAAUAUAUUGCCGGUUGCGUUUGCACUUGUUGAGGGGAAGAAUGCUGAGUCGUGGGCUUUUUUCUUAUCCCACUUGCGUCAACAUGUGACCCCACAAGAAGGCAUUCUGGUAAUCUCUGACAGACACAACGUUAAUAAGGCUGCACUGGAGGCACCAGACAGUGGUUGGCUACCACCUCAUGCAUAUCGAGAGUAUUGCAUUCGACACGUUGCAGCUAAUUUUGCUCUCAGUUUCAAGGGCCAGGAUGCAAGGCGGCUACUUGUGAAUGUGGCGUAUGCCAAGAUUGAGGCAGAGUUUGACUGCUGGUUUGAUAUUAUGAGUACUGAGAAUCCGGCUAUGUGUGAUUGGGCCAACCGAGUGGAGUACGAUAAGUGGACCCAACACCAGGAUAGAGGCAGAUGGUUUGGCCACAUGACGACGAACAUAUCCGAGUGUGUUAACUCUCUAUUGAAGGGGACACGGAGUUUGCCGGUUACUACACUUGUGAAAUCCACAUAUGGGAGACAUCAGUCUGAAUAUACCGUGGCUGAGAUGACUCCUACCGGUAACUUUUCGCUUGGGACGUAUCGGGUUUCCCUCAGAGAUCGCACUUGUGACUGCGGGUACUUUCAAGCUCUCCAUUACCUGUGCUGCCAUGCAAUUGCAUGCUGUGCUCAGUCCCGGUUAGACUGGGCUACGUACGUCCAUGAGGUUUAUACCAUGAGUAAGGUGUUCAGUGUAUAUUGGAUAGGGUUUCCCUCAAAGAUCGCACUUGUGACUGCGAGUACUUUCAAGCUCUCCAUUACCCGUGCUGACAUGCGAUUGCAUGCUGUGCUCAGUCUCGAGGGCCUGUGGCCACCAUACGACGGUCCUACUGUCAUUCCUGAUCUUUACAUGAGACAUGCCAGAGAAGAAUGA